AAAAAUAUUUUCGGUAUUAGGAUAUUUUCCAAUGAUUUCUCUAGAACUGAAAAAUCGCGGUUGGAUAGAAAAACGAGACCCGGACAUACCACCAAUAAAUUAUUCACAUUAUUUAAAAUCAGCACCAUACAUGGUCAAUUGGAUUGAAUCACCUCCGCUAAUAUCGUCAAUUAAUAAAAAUGAUGUCGUCAUGGACCGUCUGAAAACCAUGCAAUCGUGGAAUAUUCUUAAGAAUAAAAAAUCUGAUUUUAUUUUCGUCACUAGAAAACAGUUAAUUAAUUGGUCAACUUUAAGUAAAUUUACAACCGUUAGUCAGAUGCCAAGACAUAUAUUUUGCACCAAAGACGGAUUAGCACAAUGUUUGGAAUAUUACAAAAAUUCUAAGACAAAUUUGAUGUUUCCAAGAUGUCAUUAUAAUAGAUCCAAAGUAGAUAUUGAAGCAUUUGUGGAAGAUUACAUUACAACAGCAUUAGUAAGUACACUGAAGAUUAUUGUACAAGCUAUUGAGAAUAAUAAGAUGAUUUUCACAGCAAAUGGCAAUAUACCAUACACCAUUAUUGAUUUUGUGAAACUUUGUAUAUUCAAAUUUCUGAAUAAACAAAAAACUUAUAAUACAGAAACAACAGAUAUAUGGAAGUUUAAAAAUCAAAAAAAAUUAUGGAAUGAAUUUAUGAUUUAUUACUCAAAACUGAUUAUCGAUACCAAUGCCAAAUUUGACCGCGAGUAUACAUAUGAAUUAGAAUUAGAUGUUUACGCCAAAUGUAAAUAUUUACUCGAAGAAGUGAAAAAAUAUUGUCCACAACACUUUAUAGACGGGAUUACCAAUACAUGGAUUAUAAAACCCACAUCAAAUUGUUCUGGUCACGGAAUCAUGUUAUCUAGAGACUUGCACGCCAUAAAACAAAAAAUUAAUGUAUCAAAUGUCUUUAGAAAUAAAUAUAUUUUACAGAAAUAUAUAGAAAGACCACUCUUGGUGUAUACAUGUAAGAUUGACUUGAGACAAUGGUUUUUAGUGACCAAUAUGAAUCCAGUAGUCGUGUGGAUGUACAAAGAGGGUUACGUACGAUUUUGUGCCAAUAGCUUCUCCAUGAAUAAAAUGGACGAAUCUAUUCAUCUUAGCAAUGUCAGACUGCAAAUGAAAUAUCGAAAAAUCAGGAAUCCACAAGUACCGGAAGAGUGUAUGUGGAAUUACAGAGACCUACAAAGCCAUUUGAGAAAAAUUGGACAAGAAUACGUGUGGGAUGAAUUGAUAUUUCCCGGAAUGAGCGAGAGUAUAUACGCUGUAUUAAAGGCCGCUACGGACACUACGAAUUACCGUGACAAAACUUUUCAAUUGUUCGGAGCCGAUUUCUUGAUAACCGAAAACUUUAUUCCGUAUUUGAUCGAGAUUAAUUCCACUCCUGGACUAAAUCCGUCAACGAGCGUUAUUGCCAACUUGACUCCUAUGCUCCUUAAUGAUAUCGUGAAAGUAACGGUGGAUUACGAUAAAAACUCAAACGCCGACACGGGGCUGUUUGUAAAAGUUGUGCCCGAAAAGUGGAAACCAGCCGCUGCACUGGUAGUGAAUAACCGCUGUACCUUCGACUCGUCCGUGGUCUUUGCCGUGGGACCAGCAGAACUGACGACCGGUUACAACCAGCGGAUGGCCAACGUGCAAAAGAAUCUGGCCGAAAUGCGACAACAGAUGAUCGCCCGGAAGAUUAAACGAGAUGCACGACGUUACGUUGGUAUAAACCGCGAACUUUUAUUGGGUACCAGGGACUUAAUAUAAUGUAAUGGUCGACGGUCAUUUUGGAUUCCCCGGAAAAAUUAAAAAGGUUUUGUGUGUUGGACAAAAAUCACGUCACUUUAGUUUGUUGGGCAUUUAAAAUGAAGAGACUGUGGCAACGGAGCUAUACGUCCAGUCAUUAUAUGGGAGUAAAGCGUGAAUACAUUUUAUUAUAAUCCUACAACAGUACAUAAUAUCUAUAAAAAUAAAAUAUAUGAACAAAUGAAUAAUAUCGUUUCUUUGUGAUUUGCUCGAUACUAAUAUCAUUUCAAAUAACCAUCGUACCAGCUUGACGAAUCGUACACCGAACCAUCAUCAUGAUUAAUUCAAGCAGACUCGUCGGAUAGUCCAUCAAACGCUUAAAUUGAAUGAAACCAAGAGAUUUAUACUAGUAUGUGAAAGUCUACUGACUUUCCAAAGAAUUUUUAAAGAAGAACUAUGUUGACUUUUCUAGUAAAUCAUUAUUCUCCGGUAUUUUGAGUACGCGCGCCACUUGAACCAGAUGUCCACAUAGUAUAGUAAUUGGGAAACAUAAUAAUAUGUGAUACCUACUGUGAAAAAUGAACGUUCCAUUCUCGGCACAACUGUCCCGGAAAACUCAAACCCGACAACGAUUCGAAGAGAUUUAUGUAUCAGAUAUAAUUAAUCGUCUAAAAUAUUAAUUUUUUUGUGGUUCUUUGAAAAAGAACUAUGUGCCAUUGACUGC